CUCCAAUUCGCAACUUCAGUUCUCUUCGGGGUCAUUCUGUCGUCAUCACUCUUCCUUUUUACUGCAAUUUUACAUUUAUAUCAAAACCGAUCCACCGCCUCCACCUCACUUCUCCUAAUUUGGGCACUUCAAUCAGUUUUAGGGUUUAAUCGAAGAAAACCAAGGGACUGCUGUUCAGUCGAGUUUUCUGCUGAUGCCGAUCACAUAUCAAUUCAAGGGGGGUCAAUUUUACUAGAUUUAACAAAUUACACACAAUGGCUGAUGAACCUGUGAAAGAUUCCAAUUCCGUAUGGAGUAGAGAGCAGGAUAAAGCUUUUGAAAACGCUUUGGUUGAUUACCCUGAUGAAGAUGAUGAGAAUCGAUGGGAGAAAAUCGCUGGCGAUGUUCCAGGGAAAUCAGUGGAAGAGAUUAAGCGUCAUUACGAGAUGUUAAUGGAGGAUUUGGAUCGAAUUGAAUCUGGACUUGUUCCUUUGCCUUGUUAUAGUUCCUCUCUGGAUGAUGACUCAGAAAGCCACGCGGGCAAUGAUGGUGGAAGUGGGACCAGUAAGAAAGCUCAGAACACAAGUGAAUCCAAUCAUAAUCAUGGAGGUAAAGCCUCAAAGUCAGAUCAAGAACGACGCAAAGGGAUUGCUUGGACUGAAGAUGAACACAGGUUAUUUCUUCUUGGUUUGGAGAAAUAUGGGAAAGGAGAUUGGCGGAGUAUAUCAAGAAAUUAUGUGGUGACACGGACACCAACACAAGUAGCAAGUCACGCACAAAAAUAUUUCAUUCGAUUAAACUCCAUGAACAAAGACAGGAGGCGAUCAAGCAUCCAUGACAUCACUAGUGUCAACAAUGGUGACGUGUCGGUCCCACAGCCGCCAACAAACGCCAAACAAGCGCCAGGUGUCAGUAUGUAUGGCGGAACAACAAUCGGACAACCGGUAGGACCAGCGGUAGGAACACCGGUUAGUCUUGCACCACCGCCACCACACAUGGCUUACGGUGCACCUGCACCACCCAAUAUGGAUCCUAGGGCAUCGCGUCACAGAUGAUGAAGGGGAAGAAGGAAAGUUUUUUUAAAAUUGUACAAACAAGAGUAGUAGCUAGGAAUGGAUCAACAUCAUAUGUUGUGGUUUGACUUACGUGAGUAGAAAUGAUUCUGAAUUUAGUUUGUUUUUAUGAGAUUAGUCUUUGAUUAUAUUAAUAUUCUAAUAAGACAUAUAGGUGAAGAUUUUGCUUAUUAUAUUAAUUGUGUGCGUGGUUAAGUGACAGAUAUGUGUAUUAUUUGUUAAAGAAGUUGCUUGUUGUUGAUAUGCAACAAUUUGCUUAGGGAAAUUGACGUUGUGAUUAAAUAAUUGUUUUAUUCGGGUGGACGAAA